GUGCGCAUGCGCACAGUGAGCUCGAUUACGCUGGCCGGUGUUGGAGCAGAAAUGGCGGCGCUCCGGUUGUGCGUGUGGAGGUCUACCUCAAGAGCUUUACUCCAUUCAAAACAUCCAGCUCAGUUUACUCGAGCAAAUAUAUCCUUUGCUAGUCUGUCCAAGGGGAGGAAAGCUGCGAUCUCUACCCUGGGUGUGUUGACAGCAGGAGGAGCCGGGCUUGCGUUGAUUUUACAUCAGUCAGUGAAAGCCUCUGACCUGGAGCUACAUGCGCCAUCUUAUCCAUGGAGCCACGGUGGCAUGCUGUCUGCUUUAGACCAUGCCAGUAUCCGACGUGGCUACCAGGUGUACAAGCAGGUGUGUUCAGCCUGCCAUAGUAUGGAGUACCUGGCCUUCCGUAACCUGGUCGGAGUGUCGCACACAGAGGAAGAGGCCAAGGCCCUUGCUGAGGAAAUUGAGGUAGUAGAUGGUCCAGACGAAUCAGGAGAGAUGUUCACUCGUCCUGGGAAACUGUCUGAUUACUUCCCAAAGCCGUACUCCAAUCCGGAAGCGGCCCGUGCCGCUAACAACGGUGCUCUUCCACCUGACCUCAGCUACAUUGUUAAUGCCAGGCAUGGCGGAGAGGACUAUGUUUUCUCACUGUUGACUGGUUACUGUGAUCCCCCUGCUGGUGUGCCUGUGAGGGAGGGACUCUACUACAACCCCUACUUUCCUGGCCAGGCCAUCGGCAUGGCUCCGCCCAUCUAUAAUGAGGUCUUGGAGUAUGACGAUGGCACGCCAGCCACAAUGAGCCAGGUGGCUAAAGACGUGUGCACUUUCUUGCGCUGGGCAGCCGAACCAGAACACGACCAGCGGAAGAAAAUGGGCCUUAAGCUGCUUAUGGGUUCAGCAAUCCUCUUGCCGCUGGUGUAUUAUCUGAAGAGGCAUCGAUGGUCUGUACUGAAGAGCAGGAAGAUUGCCUACAGGCCACCAAAAUAAACCUGAACCAAGAUCAACUCGGACAAGAAUUUGCAUCCAGUCUGUCAUCUGCUUUGUACAAAGGGAACGAUUUCAGACAUUUCUAACAACUCCAAGAGUAAAGACUAUCAAAACUCGGUUUAAUGGCUCGGUGUCAGCCGACAGACCAGGAUGGUCAGUUAUGAUAUACACAUGUUCAUGUUAGUAUGUAAUAUCUUGGUGUGAAUCUAAUAAAAUGUAUUUUACAAAGUG